UUCAGUGCAAAUGGAGCUGGAUAAAACCACCGGAGGUGCAGGAACGGAGCACACUGAGCUUUACACACUGAGAAAACACUGAACACAUCAUCUGAGCAAAUACAGUCAAUUUACAUACACAAGUAUUUUAAACGCUCUGAAACCGUUCAAAAUGUGGAUUAUAGUACUGUGGAUAUUUUUGCUUGGUACUUCCGUCGAAGCACAGCAUGUGGACCCUGAAGUGGGAUUAACAGCUCAGGAACAAGUUCUCCUGCUGUAUGACAUCAAACUGCAGUGCCUUCAGAACAUCUCCGAACACAGUCCUGCCGAUGAGGUCUGUUCUCCUGGAUGGGACGGGUUGGUUUGCUGGCCUCGAGGUUCCCCAGGAACAGUCACCAAAGUGCUGUGUCCCAGCUAUGUGUACGACUUCAACCACAACGGAUUUGUAUACCGUCAGUGCGACUUGAAUGGGUCGUGGGUAUCGGUGGAGAACAGAACUUGGGUCAAUUAUUCAGACUGUCUGCACUUCUUGACUCCAGGCAUUGAAAAAGGCAAAAGGGACUUUUUUGAGCGGCUGCACAUCAUGUACACAGUUGGCUACGCUGUGUCCUUCAGCUCGCUGCUGGUUGCCAUUUUCAUCAUUGGAUAUUUUCGGCGUCUCCACUGCACCAGAAACUACAUCCACAUGCACCUCUUUGUGUCUUUCAUGCUGCGUGCUGUCAGCAUCUUCGUGAAAGAUAGAGUGGUGUACGCUAAUGGCGUGCUACAGGAGUACGACACCAUGCUAAUGGACAAUAUCAGCACUGUCUCCAUUUCCCCUCUUGACAAGACUCAGUAUGUUGGGUGCAAGAUCACAGUCCUAUUCUUCAUUUAUUUCCUGGCAACUAACUACUACUGGAUCCUAGUGGAGGGCCUGUACCUUCACAGUCUCAUUUUCAUGGCGUUCUUCUCUGACUCCAAAUAUCUUUGGGGUUUCACUCUCAUAGGGUGGGGUGUUCCCGCUCUCUUUGUAUCAACCUGGGCUGUCGUCAGGGCAACGCUGGUGGAUGUAAGGUGUUGGGAGUUGAGCGCAGGCAAUAUUAAAUGGAUUUACCAAGUUCCGAUACUGACAGCAAUUGGGCUGAAUUUUUUUCUUUUUGUAAAUAUCGUACGUGUUCUGGCCACGAAGAUCCGAGAAACGAAUGCGGGGCAUUACAACACGCAUAAACAGUACAGGAAGCUGGCUAAGUCCACGUUGGUUCUGGUUCUUGUUUUCGGUGUCCACUACAUCGUGUUUGUGGGAAUGCCGCACACGUUCACAGGUGUCGGCUGGGAGCUGCGCAUGUACUGUGAACUCUUCUUCAACUCAUUCCAGGGAUUUUUUGUGUCCAUUAUCUACUGCUUCUGCAAUGGAGAGGUCCAGACAGAAAUCCGGAAGACCUGGCUCCGCUGGACACUUGCAUUUGACUGGAAAGGUCCCGUUGUUUUGGCCAACUACCGGUAUGGGACGGUCCUGAACAGCAGCGGUGCCAGUGUCCAGUCCCAGCUGACCUCAGUGACCCGCAGUUCCGCCCUCCUCACCAGCAGGGUGUACCGCUCCGCCGCUCGGCCCAGCAUCGGCUCGCUCGCACACAGCUCGCAAAUACACACCACCCUACCUGGUUACAUCUUCAGCAACUCGGACAUCGAGAGCCUACCGCCUUCCAUUCCAGAGGAAAUCGAAGAGGAGGCCAAACACAUCAACGACAUCACGCUCAAAGGCGUUAACCACAUCACCGUACGACAGGAAGCCCUCAGCAUCUGUUUCGAAGAGAGCGGACAAAGCUCAUCCCACACGGAUUCUGAUGAUGUCAGAUGUUGUCCUGAUGACGUCACCACUACGGAAAUCUCCAAGUGCACUGAUAAAAUAUCACUGAAGGAUUCUUCAUCAGUGAGGUACAACAGCUUGGAUCAAGAGGACGAGGAAGAACUUUAAAACGCAGAUUUCGUUUAACGCGAAUUGCCGUUUGCAACCCAUUUUACUUCUGUAAUGCAAGGUAUUUACAGUUGAAACAGGAUGUUCGAUUUUAUUGUUCGGGAAUUGAUUGGAAUGUAAAAAUUUGGAGUUAUAUACCAGAAUGGAGCUAAAUUUGCUAAAAUAGUGCCUAAAUAGCUAUUUGGCUAUUUGUUAGCGUUAUCCAAUAAUGCUAAGUGAUAAAGGUCUAAGUGAAAAUGGCGUAAAAAGAAAUUCACCUUGGAAGAAGAGUAAGUUUUAAUCAAAGAAUAAAUAACAUUUUUCUUUGGAAUGACAUGCACUGAUUCACAAUAAGACCGAAAGCGUGUCUUAAAAGAAUAUUUUUCCCAAAAAUGAAAAUUUGCUGAAAAUGUACUCAACCUCA